AUGGCCGCCCCGCCACCAUCCUCUGCCCUCUGCCCGUAUCUAAGAUGCCCACCAAACCGCGGGCGACGUGCCCAAAACAAAGGUGGCCGCUCCGCCGGGGUUCCCUGCCCCUACCAAACAUGGCGGCGAAAGGCGGCCGCCGGCGGGCGGGGCGGGGAGCCGGGCCCGGGGGCGGGGAGGGGGCGCGCCCGCCGCCGAACCGGAAGAGACGGGGCUCGGCAGCGGCCGGGUGGGGAGGAGGGAGGCACCGGCUGCGGCACCGAGGCAGGAAGCGGCGGCCGCUGGGGGGGUGGGGGGAGGGGAAGGAGGCAGGAAAAAAGAGAAAAAGAGGCAAAACAAGGCGGCGGCAGCAGCGGAGGCUUCGCGCUGAGGACCCGUCGCGGCCAGGCUCGCCGGCUACCGAAGCGCCUCCCGACUCCCCGGAGCCGGUGUCGCGGCAGCCCUCCCCCAUCUCCUCUCGCUUUCGCCUGCGUAGCCUCCUCCCUCCUUCCACCUCCCGGUAGCAGCGUCCCCCGCGGCGACCCUCCCGGUGCCCGGCCGGUUUACAUGAGGGGGAAGGAAGCCUGCCUGGAGCCUAGAAGACGCGUAGCAGGGGAAGGACUGCUCCGAGGAGCCGCCGCCGAGACCGGACCCCGCGCUCGGACUCUUGCGAGGGAGGGGGGACACCGUGGGGGGCACCCCUCAGAGCCGGGGCCUGGCGAGCAGAGCCUGCCCGCGCCGCCCGCCCCUGCCCCGCUGGAUGCCGAGUCCCUGAGGAGGAAAAACACAGACACGCAUAUCCACCCGGCCUUCAGCCAGGGGCUCGCUCGUCUGCAGGGAACCCACGGAUCUCGGUGGAAGGAGGCGAGCCCCGCACCAGAAAUCUCCCACCCAGCAGCAGUGAGAGCAAGAAAACCUCCUUCCCCUUCCUCCUGCACAACUCGCAAUCCCCUCCCUUCCUAUUUCCCCAACGCUGAAUGCUGAUUUCUGAGAUGAAAAUCUUCCUCUUUGGACAGCCAGGACUCAUAUGAAGGACACGCAAAUAUCGGAUCAUAAAUAAGAAGCGAGUCUGGCGAGCUCAGAAACCCAGCCCAAAAGGAGCAGCAUCAAGAAUCCACCCUUCUGCACAACUCACUCCCCACCCAACACACAGAGAAUACUAAUUUCCUGAGAUAAGAUCUUACCCCUUUAAACAACCGCACACGCGCAUACACACAGAGUGUACUUAGUACUAAAUAUAAUAGGUUAAACCCAGCAGCACGGGAAAAAGCCUCUUCUGCAACUCACUGCCCCUUUUCACCCUUCUGAAUGCUGAGAUCCUGAGGUAAAUUUUCCCCUUACCCACAGCAAAGACUCUUUUUGAACAGGACACAAAUAUAUAUUAGAUUAUAGAGAUGUAUUAAAUUAUUCCAGAUUUAAAUCUAUUUUUUGCUGCCAAGGGGUCGGGGGGACCAGACGUCAUUGUAAUUUAUUUUUUUUUCCUCCCCUCUUAACUCAUUUAUGGGCGAGUCGAGGCUGCUGAGGAAGAAAAAAACAGGAUAGUUAGAAUCUCUUUAUUCCCCAGAAGCUUUUUCUCUCAUUGCUGUGCAUUUCCUUUAGAAAAAAAAAAAGGAAA